AUGACUAUCCUGUGCUGGAUUUACUAUGAUGGCAAAGGCGGACCGCUUUUCAACUACGAGAAACUGGGUUCAACCUUUGGUGUUCAUUUCUGGGUUACCCGCAGCGGGGCUCUUUUUGUCCUUUUCAACAAACGAAAUUACGCGUCUACCAAACAUUUGUCAGUGCACGCCAGCCUCGUGGGUGGAUGGAAGUUUAUUGGCGCUUCUUACGACCGUUGUUCUGGCGAAGCCAAACUGUGGGUCAAUAGAGCCGCGGUUCAGACGUUAAAAAUUGGAGCGGGCCUUGAACUGGCCACUCAAGACGUUAUCAGAAUGGGAGUGAGGAGUGGUGAUGGCAGGUGCUUCAAGGGUAGAAUUGCUCAGAUGCGGAUCUACAACAGAGGUUUGAGCCAGGAGCAAAUACUAGCAAUACAGAAACUUGUCGCAGGUAAAGAAAAAAAUAAAAAUAGUAAAUUUAAAUGUUCAUUGCAAUGUGAAAAGUAAAAGUGCACAAGUUAGCGGUCAUUCUCUCGUCAAUGGGUAUUGAAUAUUUUCACUAUAGAAUGAUCCUGCUCUGAGUUCCAAUGUCACUGGCUUCGACUUAAAGAACUUCUUAAAAAUAGCUUGUACUCAAAUGGUACUGAAGAGUUCAGUUUUUAUACACAGAGUUUUGCGAGCACCCGCCGGACUGAAUCGUGAUAUAUUGUAGGUUCCUGACUGCAAUUUUUUUAAGACUCAGAAGUCCAUAGCUAACCUGGUUUGCUGUUAUAUUUCCUUUUCAGCAUGA